AAACGUAUCCGUAUUUCAAAAUGGCGGGUCCGUAUCUGUCUCCUCUGCCGGGCGACUUGUUGACCGAGUACAUGUUCGGUCGGCGGCGGCAGCGGCGGAACCGGACCACCUUCACUCCUCAGCAGCUCAGCGAGCUGGAGUCCCUGUUCCAGAAGACGCACUACCCCGACGUGUUCCUGAGAGAGGAGGUGGCGCUGAGGAUCAGUCUCUCUGAGGCGCGGGUGCAGGUGUGGUUCCAGAACCGGCGUGCCAAGUGGCGCAAGCAGGCGCGGCUCCAGCUGCUGCAGGACGCGUGGCGCAUGCGCUGCCUCGGCCUGGGCACCCCGCCGUUGUCCAUGCCAGGUCACACGAAGCCACCUGACUCUUCACCCGAAGGAGGAGACUCCCCGAGCGGCAAGGAAUCCCCCGAGCCGCCGCCUGCCACGGACAGGCCCGAGAUCAAGUCCCCACACCCUCAGGACUCAUACAUGAACCACCCCAUGCAGGAGACUCUGCCCCCCCUGCCUCCGCCUGGCCACGAAAUGCCCCCACAAAUGCCGCCAUACGGCGAAGACUCCAGAAUGCUCCAGCAACCCUUCGCCUUCCAACCCAUGAUGAUGCAUCAACAACACGUGGAGAGCAAUGAAAACGUGCCGACGGAUCUCAGAAUAACGCAGAAGAGCAACUGCCCUUGCGCCCAGGAUUCAGAACAGCCGCAAGACUUGGCCUUCAAGCCUCAACGGCCGUACAAGGAAGCCAGUGAUGUCUCUGACAGUGACACUGAGAUCGACCUGACGUCGCACUCGUCCAAGGAUGAUGACCUCAGGGAGUCGGAGCGGCUCGCCAGUCGCAUUGCCAGCAGCAUCUUUAGAGCAUCCGACACCGUGCUGCACGACCUAGUGCCCAACGACCUCAGUCUAGGACCUAACAAGAAUCUCAACCGGAACACUGUCACUAUGUAAAUAUACUCGCUUUCUGUAUGUAUGUAAUCGGUUCUAGUCAAUGAUGUUAUUUUAGGAAAAUAUCUGUAAUAUUAACGUAAGCAAUCUUAAUAAUGUAGAGCUAAUUAAAUUCGUUCGUUAGGUUUUUUAAAGACUGCUAUGUGU